AACCGGUUCGUUUAAGAGAGUGUCGCUCUUGUCUCAAUAGACGAUCUUCGGCCAUGAUGUUCCACUCGCACUUUCAGCUAGCUACCGCAAUGUAAGAGCCUCUUAACGAGUAGCCUCGCGCCACACCAACGGAACAACAUGCUAGGGACAUUACAGGGGACGAGUGGUUAAAGGUGUUGCGUUAUUGCCUUCUGUGAGUCAACAGAGGAAUAUAUGAGAACUCCAAGAACACCACUGUCUCCUCUAAGACCUGACACCUUGGUGUGAGCCAAGUAUGCAGUCUUAGGCAGCCUAAAGCUCACGUUUCAUCCCCAGAGUUGUUGCGAAGAAGGAGGGGAAACUGCUUCUGGCUCAGCCUGCAUCGGCAAUGUCCUCAAGACUCAUUGACAUGUCCUCAGUCUUAUAUCAAACUCUGAGUGUGACUGUUUAAUAAGUGUGUGGACUACUUUGCUUCAGGAGAAAAACCUUCCGUGCCUGUCUGAGCCUCGAGUGAAGGCUUAUAACCCUGCAUCGCUAUCAAGAGCUAACAGUGUUCUGCUGACCUCAAGCACAGGUGCCAGGCCCAAGUAUUGUACUGCUGUCACUGCAUUUGUGACGGCAGUUAUGUUUACUGUUAGUCAGAAUUUAGCAAGAACUUGUAGUCAAUCUACAGUGACCAACAAGACAUUUACAACUCAUUCCACUGGAGCUGACAUCUCAAAAGUCAUUCCUACAGAAGAACCACUCGUUGAGGGAAGCGAACCAAGAGGAACAGGGAAGAGAACCUUCCUCCACUUUAGGCCUUGGUAUUGUCACAACUGUUCCUAUUCCUAUCCUAUCUUGCCUAUUAAUUUAGCACUUCAGAAAUAACCACAUCUUCAUUUAACAGUGCCAUGCCCACAAACCAGUCCUCCCCCUGGGGCAGGGCGAAGCAUCGCGCUUGUUCCAAUGCAGAUAGUCCCACCACUGCAACCUCUGCCAGUACACAUGCCAAGACAGGUGUGGCCACUAAAGUGCCUUUUAGUCAGACUUCCUUAGAGCUAUCCAGGAGAAAGAAUCAAGCCAAACCUCUCUCUUCUAAUGUUGCCUCACCUGCUUCCCCCUUGAGGCGGACAACAGUGGCCCCAUCUGUGGUGUCUGUCGGGGAAAAUGGGGAAACAAAUAAAACCAACACCCAGAGCCAAUUCACCGCUGUGCCAGAUGUGUCUUUAAUCCUACCACAACAAUUUAAUGGGAUUCUAAACCCAAACCAGGUACUUGCAACAGGACUGACGCAGGCUGGUAGUAGCCACACAGAAACCAGUGCACCUUCCUCCGUCCCCAAGAAGAUUGGGUUUAAUGUACAUCCAACGGGCACCAUGCAGAAAUGUAUGCCGCUCCAAACCUCCCAACCUGGAAACGGUUUAGCAACGGGCAGACGUCCGGCUGCCACAAGUGAUGUGCUUUUGGGAUUGGAGCCUCUUUUGUCAGUUUGUCAUCAAGACCUGUUCAUCAAAGGACAGCCCACUGUGCAGCAAACUAACGAGUUGAUGCCUAAAGCUGCAGACUUGCCAUCAGUGCCUCCUCUAUGCCUUACUCUCUGUGAACAUCAGGGGGCAGCAUUGGGAAAGGAUACCUCCAGCACUGACGGCACAAAAGUAGAAAUAAGAAGCACAACAAGAGAAACAACAACGACGAGGAGGAGCCAUUCAGCUAAAACGACAGAAUGCAGUCAGACAAAAAACUAUUGCACAAUAACUGCUUUAAACAAUCAGUUGCUAGUAACAGGUGGUCCUCCAGCGUUGGUGGCAACAACUACAAACGUCAAGCCCCUAACGAUAGCAUCAGUAGACCUAAACAUGCAGCCCCCAGAAAGUAAAUGUCUACUGGGAAGAACCUUGUCCACAUGCAGAAGAAUCAGUCCUGCGGCAGCCAGUCCUUUUCCAAACGGCCCCAUGCCAACUGUGCUCAGUGCCAAUGUCAGUGCCACUCAGGAGAAGCAGCCCACACCGCUGGAUGCCAUCACAGCUGUGGCCUCCAGUCCUGCAGGAGCCUUGAUGGGCUCUGUGACCUCUCAGAUCUCUGCCAUCCACCUAACUAGGCAGGGACCGCCUGUCUCUCUGUCAUCUCCAUCGCCUUCCUCACCCUCGCCGACAGAGGAGUGUCUGGUCGGAGAGACUGGCCAGGAUUGUGUUAUGCAGCUGGAUGGAGCUGAGGAGGAGCUGCCUGAUGAGCUGGAAAAUGCCUGUAGUGAUGACGAUGAUUCCGACUGUUCGUCCAUCACUGGCACCUCAUCCACAGCAUCGAUCGCUCUUCUUUCUGGUGUUGAGGAGCCAAUGUCAUUGGGGGCGGAAGACAAUCGAGAGGAGAGACCAGCGUUGGUUCCCAGUUUGUUCCCCCACAUCCCCCCAACACUCUACUUCAGCACCGCCAAUGAGAAAGUGGAACUGCUGCCAGCAGAACAGAGACGACUGUUAAAAUGGAAGAUAAGCACCGUCACUCCAAAUAUUGUCAAACACACCAUCGGCAGGUCACACUUCAAAGCCACCAAAAAAAGCUAUGACUGGCUGGGCUGCUGGGGACACCACAUGAAGUCUCCGGGCUUCAAGGCCCUCGGAGAGCACCAGAAGUUGAACCACUUCCCGGGAACAUUUCAGAUUGGCAGAAAGGACCGGCUGUGGAGGAACCUGUCCAAGAUGCAGGUCCGCUUUGGCAAACAAGAGUUCAGCUUUUUCCCCCGCACCUUCGUCCUUCCCCAGGACAUCAAGAUGCUACGCAAGGCCUGGGAGGACGGUGGCUCCAAGCAGAAAUGGAUCAUCAAACCUCCUGCUUCAGCCAGAGGAAUCGGUAUCCAGGUCAUCCACAGAUGGAGCCAGAUGCCCCGCAAGAGACCACUACUGGUCCAGAAGUACCUCCACAAGCCCUACCUCAUCAGUGGUAACAAGUUUGACCUGCGGAUCUACGUCUAUGUGUCAACAUACGACCCGCUCAGAAUUUACAUUUUCUCUGAUGGACUGGUUCGAUUCGCCAGCUGCAAGUAUUCGUCUUCCAUGAAGACUCUGGGUAACAAGUUCAUGCAUCUCACCAACUACAGCGUCAACAAGAAAAACUCUGAAUACCAGAGUAACAGCGACGACAAGGCCUGUCAGGGACACAAAUGGGCUUUGAAGGCCUUGUGGCAGUAUCUGGGCUCUAAGGGAGUCAACACCACUCUGAUCUGGGAGAAGAUUAAAGACAUCGUGAUCAAAACCAUCAUUGCGUCCGAACCGUACGUUAACAGUCUGCUGAAGAUGCACGUUCGGACACCUUACAGCUGCCACGAGCUGUUCGGCUUCGACAUCAUGCUGGACGAGAAGCUCAAACCCUGGAUCCUGGAGGUCAACAUAUCACCAAGCCUCCAUUCCAACACAGCGCUGGAUGUUUCAGUUAAAGGUCAGAUGAUCAGAGACCUCCUGAACUUGGCUGGCUUUCGUAUUCCCCGAAAAGAUGAUGUGGUCACCCCCAGCAGUAGCUCCUCCAGCUCCACCACCAGUCUAUGUGGAGGGAACAGGGAGAGGACCAAGCCAGAUCUGUCUGCUGAUGAGAGGGUCAAACGGGCCUUUUACCUCACCCAGCGCUACGCCAACCAGGACUUCCUCUCUACAGUGUUGAGUGCCUUGACUCCAGAAGACGUUUGUGUGCUAGCAGAAAGUGAAGACGAGCUGACUCGUCUUGGACAGUUUGAGCGGAUUUUCCCAUCGCCGUCGUCAUCCCGCUACCUGCGCUUCUUCGAGUGUUCGAGAUACCUGAACAUCCUGCUGGACCAGUGGGAGCAGAAGUACUGGAACAACAGGACAAAGGGUAUCAGUCUGCUGACGACUCUCUGUGAGAAACGAGUUCAUCUGGGAACCACUGACCCUGCCCACAUGUGGUCCAAGUGCAGCUACAUCUCGAGGUUUGAACCCCACAGACAAGACCUCGUCAUCUCCAGAUCGAGGGUGGUGGUCACCCAUCAGCACCGCUCCCAUGACGACGACGAUGACUGUUCAGACGGGGAGACGUCUUCCGUCUCCAGCCUGCCUGUUUCGCAAAGUCCUGGCUCCAGUGUCACCAGCAGUGCCUGUGCAAGCCCUCAGCCCAGCCUGGCCCACAGUCUGCUGCCCCAACAGUUCGCUUCACUCUGAGACUCGGUUUGCUAACACGAGGUUCUGUUCCCAGGACAGACACACAGCUCUAACGUAGCUCUCCCCAAACACCCUUCUAUUGAUCUGUCAUCUCUAUUAGCUCUGAACCUCUGGAUGAAAAUGUUUACUUAGAUCUAAAAGCUUGAAGCCCAGUCUUAACUAACACUGUGGAAGUGAGUGGAUUUAGUUUGUUACAGAAUAGUUUGCCUUCAAAAGGAAGUAUAACUGAGUGCUACGUGUAUACUAAUGGAGUUUUCUGAGUGUUUGCUAUUUCAGUGCUAAAAUUGAAACUGGCUUAUCCUUUGUAGUCUUGAGGUAAACCUCCAUCACCAGAGAAAUGAUAAAACACCUGAAAGACCAUCGCAGUGUUGUGUUUUAGUCCAUUUACUACAAAUCAGUAAUAUGCCAACUUUAGUUCAGAUGUAUUAUGAGCUUAUUAGCAGCCGUUGAUUUCUUUGCUGUAUGAAAAUCUUCCAGCAGAAACAUGCUGGAGAUUCAUAAUCCUUCACAGUGAGCUUCAUGUCUGCUUAGUUUGUCAAAUUGACAUUGUUACAUGGCUUAACCACAAUAGAAGUGGGCAUCAGACAGUGUUACCUCAUCUACCUUGAACAUUAUUAACAUGUGAACAUGCUCAUUAAGGCCGUGUACCGACCGAUAUUAGUACUGCAAGAACACUACACUGAAGCGAAAAAACAUUUGUCCAGCAAAAAGGUUUGACCUGGAAACGCUAUGCUUUGGUAAUGGAGGCAUAGCUAUCUACAUGCCUGGUACAGACUUCACGUUGCUGUUUACCCUGCGGCUGUCCUGAACUCAUGAAAUGACUGGAUGUGAUCACUUUCAAAGGAUUAUAAUCCACUGUGCAGUGUUUGGCUUUGGAUAGGUAUUAAAACUCAUGGAUAUAUUACUAAAACUGGAUGGUACUUGGUCUUCUCACCGGCACCAGAACCUUGCUCCACUGUGCGAUGAAUACCUGCUCAGAAGAAGACCCUCGGAUCCCCUCUGCCGACACUCGUCUGUGCUCACUGGCCUCAACUUAAACUGUGAAUAAGACGCGCUGGGCUUCCUCACAACCUCCACCACAAAGCAACGUUUGCUUCGGCUGCCGGUUUGUGUGUUUGCACUUACAUUAGGAAGAAUACAACUUCAAAGCCAACUCUACCUUACAGAAUACAGUAACAAUGAGACAAUACUGUGAUCUCUCUAAUGUCUUAAAGACUUGUUGGUAUUGAGGGGACUGUUGAGCAACUGAUCGCACACGUAUCACAUUCCUUAUGGACUCUUGUUUGUGUGGAAAGGUGAAGACAAGGGGCUCUCAGUAGACGGAUGACGGGGAGAUGAAGAGGAGCGCUGCAGAACAAGACUUGCUUGGUGUGCUGAGAUCUCUGCAGCAUAUUUCAUCUCGUCAGUACUUGAUUUUAUUUUCACUGGUGUGUUUUUAUAAAACCUCAUUUUAAUCUCUGGUGUUUACUAACGGAGAGACUUGAAGAUGAUACUUUCAUUACUUGGUGACGUGCAUGUUAGUAGACCAAAGGAAGUUAUUACCAUUGAGAAUGGAACUGUCAUAUUGAAGUCAUCUCAUAACUACUCAUAUUACUUUUAAAAAGGGCUUUGAUUUGCUUUGACCAUUACGCGUACACAAAGUAUAGUAUAUAGAAUUAUAUAGAAUAUUUCUUGAAAGGUGCCAACUGAAGUGCCAGAAUCUGACAGUUUACACAAACUGAACUCAUUAACACGAGUUAAACGCUUCUAAACGAGUGGAUUUAGGUUUGAGUGUUUGCUGUUGGGGUUAGGGUUAGAGCUCUUAUUGCAUCCUCAGGAAAAAAAUGAGUAUCUCAAUUUAAAAAAUGUAAACCUCUAAUGUGAGGACACUUUCAGAAAAAAAACAACUAGUUGAAGUUGCAAAUGUUUGGGUAAAGUUUCUCUUUAAAGCCAACGUCUACUGUAACAAACUGACGGCAGAGUGGUGGUUGUUAUGAGUAGGUGCAGCUGUCACAUGAAAACAUUCAGUCAUUCUGUCUGACGUUACUAUGAAACGUGCAGAAGACAACUUGUUUACAGACGAGUUUUAUUAUGCAAUGUACUAACCGAUGCCAAACUGCUGUGCAGUGUCAAUAUGUAGCAGCAUUUGUAUCUCAAUGCAAUUUUUUAUCAACACUUGCAAGGCAAAUUCUGAAAGGGAAUAGGAUGUGAAGUGGAAGAACAAAGUGGACUCUACUUUCCCUAAUGUACAGAGCGUCGUCUGCUCAGUUACUAAAUGCUCUUCAUGGACCUACGUACAGAAAAGCCUCACGGAGGAGAAAUGCUUUAAAAUUCCCUGUUUUUGAAGCAGGACUGAAUUUAUCUAAAAUGUUGGCUAAAUAAGUUAAAACAUACAAAACCCACCAGUGUAUUCAUUCAACACCUUCGUGUGUUAAGUUGCUGCGGGCCCUCGAGUUUAUAAAGAGUCAAAUGUUUCAUACCGGAGUUUUAAUGUUUUCAUAUGACAGAAGUGACGACCUGCUCCCACACGUCAACCAGAUUCCACUUAACAUUACAUGACACUACUGCCAGGCUGCCAACAAAUAACCCUGCAUUUGAGGUUGAACAUAACAUAAGUGGAGAUUAUCAUGUUUUUUACUUGACAUUUGUAGAAGUCUCACAUUAAAGGGCUGUAUGAAUUGCUCAGGAUGACAAUUUCAAAAUAAAAGUUAUUUGUGGUACAAA